UUUAUUCUUUGGACUUCGACUUCUAUCAUUGUAACAUCAAGUUGAGGCGUCCCUGUCCUAAAAAUUUUUAAGUUGUAUUUUUUUUUGUUAAUUGUUAUAUAAAAUAAUUGCCAUGAAACUGAAAAGGGUUGAUGACAGCUCAGACGACGAGGGCGAAGAGGAGAUGCAAUCUGAUAAUCCUCAGGAAGAUUCCAAUUUAGGCGAAGAAGAGCAGGAAAUGGAGGAGGAGGAUGAUGGCGAGGAAGAUGAGGGCGAUGAGGAUGAAGGCGAGGAGGAAAUGGAGGAGGAGGAGGAGGAGGAACAGCGGGAAGGAGAAGAGCCCGAAUCCGAUAAUCUGGAAGCUGUACGACAUCCCUAUCCUACUCCACCGCCCGAUGAUGGGUCAAAAAUGGCGCCUCCCGAUUCCGGCAAAGAUAAGAAGCCAAAAUCGAAUGCUCCAAAAGUCAAGGAGUCGCCCACAUCCCUAGCACUCAUGGCCAUCGGAAAGCUAUCCAGUCGUUCGGGAUCAUCGGUUCGGGCUAUCAUGACAUAUUUGAAGAACAAUGGUCACGAGUGGAAGGAUGCUAAGAAAGCCGCACGCAUUAUGUAUCGGGCCCUUAAAUUGGCCGUGACCUCGGGCGAUGUGGUAAUGGUAAAGCGAUCCUUCAAACUCACAGAAAAGUACAAAAACUCCUCCAAGGCUGAGGAAAAAAUGAAGGCUAAAAAGCAGAAGGAGAAGGCGAAAAAGGCAAUGGCGGAAAAAGUUGUGAAGGAAAAGGCCGAAAAGAAGUUGGCCAAGUCGAAGGAAAAAAAGGCUAACAAGGAAAAGGCCGAGCGGAAAACGAACCAAGUCGGAAAGAAGAAGAAAGCCGAGGGCGAAGCCAAAACAGCUCCUCCAAAGAAAAAAGCGGCCGCCGGCGUAAAGGCUUUGCUGCAAACUCCCGAGCCCGCAACAAAUGGAAAAAAGGCAGCAAAGUCCAGCGUAAAGAAAGCAGCUGAAUCAUCCGAAGUGGGAAAGUCGAAAAAACCCCGCAAAUCCAUUGGAACUCUGGCACAGCCGAAAACGUCCAGGCCUAAAGUCAAGGCGGUUAAAAAACUAGUGGCUGCCAAAGAAGCUCCCUCAGCACCGGAAACUACCAUGGCCGGUUUUUCUGAGGCUCAGGCCACCUCCACCCCCACUCCUCAAGGACCCACGAAGGAAAAGCGCAAGCGCAAGGUCCAAUUAUAAUUUGUUUGUUACCGCGAUCUUAAAUAAAUUUGUCAAACGUUAAUAAUAAUAUAUCAAAUAUAUCACAUUCCUAAGGAAA